UAUCAUCUAUGUGGGUGGCUGAUACUGUCGAGGUGCGAAUUCGCUUGCUUUAUACGGGGAAAUGCCUGUACCUACUGAUGUCGGGUUGCAGAGCUGAAAGAUUUUGCAAUGGAAUUUUGCUGGUGUAUAAAAGAAAGGCGCUGAAAAUUUGCGCUACAGUAUAGCGAUAUUCAUAGACGUGAUUGCCUUCGUGAGAAAGUGGGCGUGGGAUUAGUGAGUGUGCAGGAGCGUUACUGCGCGCGUGGAAACUUUGGCGAAGUAGCAAGAUGCAUUGCAGCAAUCGGAUUUUUCGAACUCCCUUGUUGCUGGUGGUGGUAGCGGGCUGCUGUCUGUGCGCGUCCUACUACUCCGACACGCCGGCAGACCCCGGCGAGCCGUUGGCUGUUACUUUCAACUGCGAAGAGAGAUGGUGCAAUGAAUCCUGGAGAGGGGAUCGGAUUCUGCGGUACAAUCUCUCGGUUGCCUACGAGCAUCUCUCGGAGAGCCAGUCUCAGCACAGCGGGCCGAUCCUGGACUGCAAUGGCGGGCAGUGUCCAGGAGGGCAGCGGCACUGCCCUGACUGAAGAACUCGUGAAAGUUGUAAAUAGGACUCUAGUUGGUAUGGAAGACUUAGGCCCUGAGGGAAUCAUAGCUACAGACAACUUCAAUCGUUUGCUGGGAGAACUAGAGGGCUCGUACAUAGCAAACCAGGACAAGAUAUGGCAGAUCAAGAUCCCGCAGAACUGCCAGUUGUGGAUAGUGUUUGAAGAAUUUGACGUGGAGCCGACCCCCAACUGUGAAAAAGACUACUUCUCAGUGCAGACCAGCAAAAACCAACCGGACAUCAAAAAAUACUGCAGGACAUUAGAGAGUGUCACCAUACAGCGGAGGAGAAGGGCGCAGCUCUGGUUCCACUCUGACAGUUCAAUCCAGCGUCGUGGCAUCUUUGCACGUUACUGCUUUCGGAGAAUAUCAACAAACUCCUCAGAGCAACGGCAGACGAUGCAACUGAGGUGUGACUGCAAUCUCGGCGGCUCCCACACGCGACGACGGAGGCAGCUACAGAACCAAGGUAUGCACGUAGCGUUGCAGAUGCUCAACUGCUGUUUAGCUAGUAGGCCUAGUAUAGUAAACCCUUAAUCCAAUUAGGAGCAUGCACUGUGGGCAGCUCGGGAAUGGGCAGAAAGUCUUCCUCGGGAAUACGUAUUCAUUAUUAAUUACUUUUCCCGGUGAGCUAUCGGAGGAAUUGCAUUUUUCCACAGUUCUCGAAGGGGUCCACUCGGGUGCCGUGGUCAGACAAGAACGUCAGAAACUCGAGGUAGGCCUUUCUUGGUAGCUGUGUCCUUGUGUGACGCCGUGUCCCUGUAAUGCUGUCAAGAAUGUGUUUUCAAUUUUAGUGUGUUGUGAAUGUGGGCGUGUCUUGUUUGGGUUGUAGGUACAUCGUGAGCAAAGCCAUAGGUCACUUGGCCCACUCACUCCCUACUCAGUAGAAGAAAUGAACACUCUUAUCGGCCAUAGCACUCAGUCAUCAGAGAGGGCCCUUCACCAUCGGAGACACCAGCGAGAGAAAGCUAGAAGAUAAUUGAACAAUUCCCACCGUUUCAGUAUCUAUUUUUCUGUCCACUUUACCAAGCCUGUCAACUAACACUUUUUGUAUGUGUUUUCAUAUAUCAUUUCGAUAACCCACUGCUGCUAAUCACCCUCUGGAAUAUCAUGAAUCAUUCUUGCCAUUUUAUUAUAUAUUAUCAAUCUCUUGUGAAACUAUUUAUAGCGAUCAUCAUUGUCUUUGUUGGAAACAAUCAUUGAACGCACACUAUUCUCCAUUGGUAUAUAUAGCAAUUUUGAAAGUGAA